CUCUCUCUCGUUCUACCUUGUCUAACCAUUCUAGCAGUAUCUUAUUUUCUCUCUCCCAUCCAUCCCCACAUCAUGGCGAAAUCUAACCUUGACCUGGUCAACGAAUGCGACAAAUUCCCAUACCACCAAGAUGACCCCUCCUUCUACGCCGCCCACAUGAAAAACUUCUACCAAUUCCGAGUGAACGGCUGCGAUGCAGUUCUCGGGUACAUUGCCAAGUCGGUCGCCGAGAAAUUCUACUGGUCCCCAGACAACUGGGCCGUGGACACCACGAAGCAAACGGUAACCCUGACCACGGCGGCGGACGCGAGCCCAGAGCAGCGCACCCAGGCGGUCGCCCAGACGCUCAACGAGGCCGUCAAGCGCGACACCUUUCAGAUCCUCAAGGGCUGGCGCAACGAGAUGUACCCCGUCUUUGCCCCGGGGGGUCAAUUCCUGCUCGAGCUGGAGCGCUCGGCGAGUCCGCUGUUCGGAAUCGUCGCGUACGGCAUCCACUGUACCUGCUACGUGCAAGACGAUCAGGGCCUGCGCAUCUGGGUGCCCAGACGCUCGCGCACCAAGCAGACGUACCCCGCGAUGUUGGAUAAUACCGUGGCCGGGGGGAUGAGCACCGGAGAGAAGCCGUAUGAGUGUCUGGUGCGCGAGGCGAUGGAGGAAGCUUCGCUGCCGGAGGACGUGGUCCGGGCCAACUCGACGGCCGCCGGCUGCGUGUCGUAUAUCUAUGUGCGGGACCCGCGGGCGGGCGGGGAAACAGGCCUGUUGCAGCCCGAGGUGGAGUACGUCUAUGAUAUCAAGCUCGGGGCGGAUGUCAUCCCCAAGCCGUGCGACGAUGAAGUCGAGGCGUUCUACUUGUACACGGUGGACGAGACCAAGAAGGCGCUGGCGAAUGGCGAGUUCAAGCCGAACUGCGCGGUGGUGCUGAUCGACUUCUUCAUCCGGCAUGGCAUUCUGACGCCCGAGAACGAGCCCGAUUUCCUGGAGAUCGUGGCGAAGAUUCAUCGUCGGCUGCAGUUCCCCACGGCGUCUCACUGCGCGAAAUGAGAUACCCCGGCAUAAUCGUAUGAUUUCUACAGCGGAUUGCAUUGAGAGGAAAUUCUGAGAUUCUAUUGGAUUUUUUGUGUUUACCCAGCCAGUCACCAAUCGAACGCCGACGCUGCAAUUAAAUCAUCCAACCAAUGUGCACUUGUUUCUGUCUUUCGGAGGUCUUUUGUUUGUUGUGGUCCUGAGACCAGAGUAUUCAAAGAGAGCAGGGUCCAUAGAUGCCCGAUUCGAAUAUACGG